CGAGGCUGUUUCCAAGCUUAAAUCCAGGCUUCCUGAAGUUCUCAAGGCUGCCAGCAAGUCACCAGAGGAACCCGAACCUUACACGCUUUGGGGCAUUGCCCUCGAUAAGGAUUCAUCCGAUGAAAAGCUAAACGUUCUUUUGGUCAAGUUCUUGCGCGCUAGAGAUUUGAACCUGGAUUUGGCGAGCAAAAUGUUGAGUGACAGCAUAGCUUGGCGAAAGGAAUUCAAGGCAGACAGUAUCUUGGACGAAGAGUUUGAUGAGUCUGUCUUUGGCGGUGUCGGGUACAUUCACAAGACUGAUAAAGAAGGCCGUCCUGUUUGCUACAACUUCUACGGUGAAUUGGACCAGGAAGCCGUUUUUGGCGAUUUGCAAAAGUUCAUCCGUUGGAGAGUUCAGCUUAUGGAAAAGGGUGUCAAACUUGUCGACUUUGUUAAUGUGGAUACCAUGGUCCAGAUUCACGAUUACAAGGGCGUUUCUAUGUUUGGUCGUACGGCUAAUUCCAAACAGGCCACAAAGGAGAUUAUCAAAAUCAUGCAGGACAACUAUCCUGAAUUUUUGUCAACCAAAUUCUUUGUCAACAUACCCUGGUGGGGCAGGUACGAAAACACAUGCUAAGCUUAUUCGUUUAAACCAUAUUUUAACUGUUUGUACCUGGUAAAUAGCAAAAUCUUCAAGCUAAUUCGCCCACUGUUGCCAGAAGCUACUGUUAAGAAGUUUGUCGUUUGCUCAAAGUAAAGUAUACAUCAGGUCUACUAGGAAUAUUUACAGUAGCUUAUUAUUGUAUGACUAAUUUGCUCAAUUAUUUUUAUAUUAUAAUAGCGACGAGUUGAUUGAGACACUAU